CUCAGUGUGAUGUUCACACAGUCCGCAGCAAGACAGCAUGGAGGUUACAGCUCUCUUCAUCAGACUGUUCGUGACCGUGUUGACUCUGCCGUGUUCAUAUGCUCAGAAGCAUGACGCAGCUCUCUGUAUCCAACCAAACAGACUACAGUUCCUUGAAUAUGAGCCUGUAUAUUUUCAUUGUGAGGUGAUUGAUGGCUCAACAGGAUGGAAAAUUGUAUAUCAGUCCAAACAAAAAAUACCCAACUGUUAUACUAAUAGCUCAUCCUGCAACAUUAAAAAUGUUUAUCUAGAGGACAGUGGUGAAUAUUGGUGUGAAGCUGCAGGGGGGAGGAGAAGCAACAGCAUCAACAUCACUGUCACUGCUGGUUCUGUGAUUCUGGAGAGUCCUGCUCUUCCUGUGAUGGAGGGAAAUCCUGUGACUCUGCGCUGUAGAAACAAAACUACUUCUACCAACCUCACAGCUGAUUUCUAUAAAGAUGGACUCUUCAACAGGAGCAGCUCUACAGGGAAGAUGAUCAUCAACAGUGUUUCCAAGUCUGAUAAAGGACUCUACAAGUGUAACAUCUCAGGAGCUGGAGAAUCACCAGAGAGCUGGCUGGCUGUAAGAGAAUCAAACAACAAUGCUCCUCCUCCCUCCUCCAAUACUUCUUCCAAUACUUCUUUUAAUACUGCCCCAUGGAUCAUAGUGACUGUUUUACUGGUGGUUCUGUUGGUGGUGGUUGGCAUACAGUACUUUGGCAAAGGUUAUUCGCUCAGAGACGCAGCUCGGCAUCAAAGAGUCACUGUAGAAUUCAGUGCAGCCGACGCAAACCAACCGGCACAUGCUUCAGCAACAAAAACCAGGAAGAGGAAAGAUGAAGAGGAACUCCCACCUGGGUCUGGAGCUGUUUACUACUUGGAUGAGACUGAACAACUGGAUGAAGAAGAACUCUCACCUGGGUCUGGAGCUGUUUACUACGCCUUGGAUGAGACUCAACAACUGGAAUCCAAUGCAGCUAAUGAAGACAAAUCAGCAUAUGCUUCUGUCACAACAACCAGGAAGAAGAAAGCAGAAACCGGAGCAUCCAGUAUCACAACAAGAGCAGUUCCCUCAACAGACACCAACCCACAUUUAACAAGGGAUGCUUUCUAUUCUGUCAUUGAAUAGGAACAAGCUGCCUACAAGAAU